AUGCGCUGUGCUAAUUCUCACUCAGAUACACGUCCGAUUGGCAGAUUGGAAAAAGACCAAGAAAGUCUUUCACAAACACGAUCUCGAACUUCUCCUGUUGAAUAUCGGUCUUCUAGGUCAUCAAAAAAUGAAGAACAUUCAUCUUCUCGUUCUUCAUCAAGAAGCCAAUCGCCUUCAGUUUCAACUUCUAAAAAGUGUACGAUCUAUCCAGAUAUGAAAUCAUCAGCUAGAAGUGCUCGAUCUCCUUCAACGUCUACAACUGCCCCUCGUCUCGAGCACCAUCGAACAAAACGUUCGCCAUCGUCUGAACAAGAUAGCAAAAAUCCUUAUCAAAACUCACCGUCAUCUGGAUCGUCUACCAAAGCAUCUGCUUUAAAUGCUCAAAAUAACGACCCGACAUCGAUGAUGUCGUCUGCGCAUCGUUACUCUGCCUCCUCAUCUGCAGUCGUGAGCGUUAAAAAAAAGUCGCCUUCAGUAUUACAUGACACUAAUGAACAAACUGAUCGAGCGAAACCAACACAAAGUACUUCUACAUCGUCUAGUUCGCAACAAUCAAAAGGUUCGACAACUAUAAUAACCCCAGAAUCAAGAAAAAAGACGAUUAUAAGUAAAUCACUUUCAAACAAUGACGACGAUAAAAUUGUAUACAUUCCUGAACUUCCAUCACAUAUUGGCAACAACCAAGAACUUGAAAUAAUGAUUCUCCGCAAAUUGAAGAAUCUGACUGGAAAAGAUAAUGUAGUUGUUGUUAAAUGUUAUACUGAUUUGGGCAUAGGUGUUAUAAAGGUAUCUAGCAAGAAAGAUAAAGAAUAUUUCAUUAAUGAACUUGAAUCAAUUGUACUAGAUGCAAAACGUGGCUUAAUGAUUGUGUUUGUUGGUGAAAUCGAACUCAUCUCAUAUAUAGUUCUAGAUCCAAAAACAAAAGAUCUGCCAUCUGCUGAUGAAGUUGCUCAGCAAUGGAUGCGCUCAUACAAAACGAGCCGUCCAUUGAGUUGUGAUGUGUUGUCUGUUCAAUUUCCAAACAUCUUUCAAAUUGCCACUCAGUCACUCGACGAACUAGUCAGAGCAAUGUCUAUUAAAGACUUUUCAAUUAAUCAUAUGUUUGCGACAGUCUACUUUCGUGCUGAUUGCAGUUUUCUUGAAAAUCUUCCUAGAACUGUUACUCAAGAUCAGUUACGAAAAGCUAUUACUGUUCAAGUCGAAGAAAAAACUCUUUUAGAAACAUCACUCUAUAUUCAGCAUAACAAAGAAGCAGGCAAUGCAGUUAUUCUUGCAAGUGAAGUUGCUCGAAAAUGGACAUCAUGUAGUUCUCUCGAGUUGGAUGGACGCGUGUUUACGAAGAAACAAAGUUUGGCUUGUCGUCUUGUCAUACGACCAAUACCAAAGGAUAUACCCGUUCAAGAGAUUAUAAACCAACGAAUAUUUGCUAGCACAGUUGUUAGUGAAACCCAAAGUGGUGAAAAUCUUAUUCUCGAACUUUCUGAUAAAAAUGUAUAUGAUCAAUGUGUAAACCAAGGUGCUCUUCGUGUGAAAGGACAAUUAAUGCAUAUGGAAGCUUUUACAUUUCUAAGUAAUCCAGAAGAAAGUGAAAUAGAUGCAGAGACUUGGUAUGAAACCGAUAUGCGUGAUCACAAACCGGAUAUUAUGCCAUUUAUUACUCAACCACAACAUCCAAUCUUUCGUUUGAAAUGGAAUUCAGCCCUAUGGCUAGAGCAAUUUCGUAGUACGAAAGAUGUAAAUCGCGCACGUUCGGGUCGUGAUCAUCGAGCAGCUUCGAGUGAUGUAAAACGACAUAUGUUACGAGUAACAGUGAUGUUAAAUACCAUAGGAGUAGUGAAAAAAAAGAGUUAUGUUGUAGAUGGAAAGGAAGUUCGCCUGAAACCUAGCCGUUUAAAAACUAUUGUGUACGAUCACCGAUCGAAGUUGGCACCUAAAACUAAAACAUCUCUUUCAAGUACAUCGAUACCGCCUUAUACUUCUACCAAUGUUGAUGUUUUACAAGAAGAUUGUCUUCUUACGUAUGAAAGAUUACUUUCUCAAGGACGUCAUCCACUUCUCCUUAACAUGGCUAAUGCUCACAGUCCUGGAGGUGGUUAUCGGAAAGGUGAUGGAGCCCAAGAAGAAACUCUCUUCCGUCGUUCUGACUACUAUCGAAGUCUUGAUAUGGGACUCGAUGACGGACAACCAACGGAGCGCUUCUAUUGCAAAGCAAAAGGUGAACUGGAGCCUUUAUCUCAGAAUGAAAAGAUGUAUCCCAUAGACACAUUCGGCGCAAUUUAUACUUCUGGUCUUACUGUUUUUCGACAAUCAGAAGAAACAGGUUAUGCGUUUAUGCGUGAACCCAUGUAUAAUGUGUGCUCAAUUGGCGUAGCUGCUUAUCGAGAACCUAAGGUGGAGAACGGUCGACUAACACCAAAAUACGCUGUCGAUAUGCGUAAAAAAAUCGAAACUAUUUUUACUGUUGCUUAUCAUCAUAGCCAUGAUUCUUUGGUUCUAUCUGCUCUCGGUUGUGGUGCAUUCAAAAACCCACCAGAACACGUUGCUGCUAUCUUUAAAUCAGUAAUUGAACAAUAUGCCGGCUUUUUCAAGAACAUCUAUUUUGCUAUUGUUGAUGAUCAUAAUGCAAGACAACAAUUCAAUCCAAAUGGAAAUUAUCAACCAUUUAAAAAGUUAUUAGCUGGUUUGGAAGUACAAUCAAUGCUAAAUAAAAUAGCCGGCAUGAGCAUCGGACCGUAUCGAGUUUUGAAUGAUUCAUAUAAUGGAGAACUAAGCUUGAGCGAUGUUCGCAUUUUUGAUCGACGACCGUGUCAACAUGGAGCCAAAUGCAGUAACUUAUAUAACGAACAACAUUGUUGUGAAUUUUCACAUCCGCCUCUAUGUCCCAAUGCGGGUAGUUCAAUGUCUUGUAAACAGAGAAGCGACGAUGAUCACACAUUUUUCUUUGUUCAUCGCCCUAAAUGUCCAUAUGGUGGCGAAUGUCGAGAAAUUGAUAAAGAACAACAUUCAAGCGAAUAUGAACAUCCGAAAUUUUGUCCAGAUGGAGGAGAAUGCGAUAUCAUGAAUCCGGAACAUCUGAAAUCUCUUCGGCAUUUACCUUUGUGUCGACAUGGUAUAGAAUGUCUUGAUUUUAAGCGAAAGAUACCAAAGCAUUGUCAAGAUUAUCGGCAUUGCCGACCGAUAUGUCACCAUGGUGCCUUCUGUGCAAAUUUUCACUGUUCAAAACAUAUUGCACAAGAAAGUCAUCCAUUCAUAAAACCUUGUCCCUUUACUCCAUAUCACUGCUCACAAUUCGAUCAACUUUCACAAUCCACUAAUAUUCAGGCAUUACCUAUCUCUGUUCAAGAUCAUUGUCUGAACUUUUCUCAUGUAUGUCGUUUUGGUCGUCAAUGCCACCAGAAACCUGAAUUGCACUGGGAGAAAACAAUACAUGUAGCACGCCAUAUCUGUCAAUAUGGAAGGAAAUGCCGAAAAAUGGAUGAAGAAGACCAUUUAGAUUCCUUUACUCAUACAGAUAUUAAUGAUAUACGUCGAUUAUGUCCGUAUCCAAUCUAUGAAUGUCGAGAUGCAAAUAAACACGAACAUAUUCAACGUUAUCGACAUAACGGAUAUUUUGAUCGUAGUAGUGUUAUACGUCAUAAUGGUUUGAACAAUGAUAUUGAUUUUGUUCAAAAUCAAAAGAACCUUAUUCAAGCAAUUAGUGAAUACGCAAAAAAAGAGAAGUGGACAAAAGCAUCCAUACCAGGAGAAUUAUUAGAUUGGAUUCGAGGUCUUCAACCAGUGCAUCGCUGUUCCAAUAUAAUAUUCGAAUCUAUACUUGUCCAUGGACAUGUCAUGUCGCGUGAGUAUAUGCUUCGUUUGCGAAAACCCCAAUUUGCAGCUAAUGCUGUUCAACAGCACACAGAAGUAAGAAAAAUUUUGAACCAUCAGAAUUUACAGUCUUUAAAUGAUAAUGUACUCGAAUAUAUUGAAGCUCUUGUCGCUCUUGAAUACACUAACCAUGGCACUUCAGAAUCACGUUCGAGUUCAGACAAAGACGAACUUGAGCAUAGAAUAAAAUCAAAAGAAAGAAUAAUAUCUGCAGUUUUGCGUUCCAAAGAUAUCGAAGUGAUUAAACAAAACGCGAUUGAUGUUGCUAAAGCAUCUUUAAAUCUUCAAGCAAAUCCAGCGGGCAUCGGCUAUGCACCUGAUAAAAAGCUCGGUACUGAUAAACAAGUUUUUAGUAUUCUUGGGCCACAUCUUGGUCAUUAUUAUGGCGACAUUUUCAUUGUCUUCAAACAUGAUGUAAUGAGGCAUCCCGAUGCUAACUUUUCCAUUCAAGCGGCCACAUCGUUUGUAAGCGGUAAUGGUUAUGGUAAGCGACUAUGGUCUCCAGAUCCCGGCACCGAAGAUGGUCGAAUUGCAGAUUUUCAUGCAUCAAAACUGCAUUGUGCGGUACCAGGCUAUGAACAUGCAGCCGCUAUGGAGUUGAUGGCCAGAGUAGGUGCAUCCAAGAAAACACUCAAUGUGGAUCUUAAAUCAGUACAAAAACAUUGGGCAACCAUCGAUUCACAUCAAGUAUUUGAAGGACAUCUUCCUCAAUUGAUACCUCUUGAUUACAUUGAUCAUGUGUAUAUUCCAGAAAGCUUAUUUAAGUCACUAAGCGAAGCGACUCAAAAUUCAGCUAAAAAAGCUUUCGGUAAACACCUUAAAAUUACAUCUCAUAAAAUUGACGUGAGCCAGACGGCUGGAGGAGGAUCUAAACCAUCGGAUAAAGUGCGUGGGGAAUAUCAAGAUUUCGUACUCAAGGAAUUAGCAGAGAAAUUUGCACGCAAUGCUGAUCGACAAGACAAAUUGAGAGGAAUAGUGAUUACAGUACGACCAACCCAUUUCGAAGAUCACAUUAUUUUGCCUCUAACAAUAUCACAAGCCUACUCUCAAUACGAUGAUAAUCAUAAGCGUCCUUGGAAGAUUAUGUAUAUCUAUUGGCAAGCAAUGUAUGGUGACAUGAUGCUUACUAUAUCAAAUGAACCGAUCGAUCCCAAAGCACAGCAACCACAUUUGCGCUGUCUUGUAUGUUAUGUUGCUGAAAGACCAGACACUUCUACAAAUGACUAUCGUGAAACAUAUUCAUACUUAUCAAAUAAUGAGCCUUAUAAACACGAUGUGAUUCUCCGUGAUCGUCGUUUUAAAGAUGGUUCAAAUACAUUCUAUCUUGGCCGUAAUACGGAUAAUUUUAUGACAUACUGCUUAACUAUUGAACGAGAAACAGGGAAAACGACACUUUCUCAUGUUGGUCCGAACGCAAUCUACAAUACUGAUAAAAUUUCUUGCACAUUCGCUAAACACGAGCUUGAUUUCGGUCAGUUAGACUAUAUUCAUGUUAGUGCUGGUUCGAAGAAAGUUCCUAUUCGAAACUUGACUAUUUGUUUUGAGAAAAUACCUGAUUUACAUCCGUCCAUUGAUGACGACUUCAAGCAGGAUAGCUUUUCCUUUCCUGAUUCAUACGACGCCAAAGAAAAUUCCAGAUCAACUGAUCGCGUGUCAAGCCCUGCACAAGAGAAAUCUUCUAGUAAUGACAAAUCUCCCACACUAUUCAGAAAACUUGUGAACUGGAUUGCUGGUGAUAGUUCAGCAAUACCUUGCCCAGACUCAGUGAACUGUCUCAAACAAUAUUCUGAAGAUGAUGAAUCACAUAAUUCCAAAUUUACGCAUCCUUGCCGGUACUCUGAACGGUGUCGAAAUCAAACAAAGGAACCCUAUCUAGUACACGAACCUCAUAACGUGGAUAUAUGUAAGAACGACAAGACAUGUAAAGAAAAAAGAGAUCCCAUUCAUCGGGCACAGUACCGUCAUUCAGACUUGCCUGAUUUUCUCAUUCCCUGCCGUGAUCAACAUCGAUGUAAAGAUCAAUCAUCAAAACAUUGCAUAAAAUAUUCACAUGGUGAGAAAGUGCCUAUAUCGUUGGUAAAAAUCGGUAAUGAGGGUAAGGUCGAUGAGUUUAUUAACAUUUCAAAACGAAUUUUCUCAUCAGGUGCACAACCGCGGCGUCAAUCACCAUCAGGACGUCGGUCAUCACCAAGACGCCAAUCACCACGUGAACUUCGACCACCAUCACGACGUCAAUCACCAUCAGGACGUCGGUCAUCAGCAAGACGCCAAUCACCACGUGAACUUCGAUCACCAUCACGACGUCAAUCGCCAUCAGGACGUCGGUCAUCACCAAGACGCCAAUCACCACGUGAAAUUCGAUCACCAUCACGACGUCAAUCGCCAUCAGGACGUCGAUCACCAUCACGAUAUCAAUCACCGGUGGGGCAUCGGUCACCACCGCGUCCUCAAUCACUAUCGAGACGUCAAUCACCAUCGGGACGGCGGUCACCACCCCAUCAUCAAUCACAAAACUACGCUCGUCAUCAUUCCGAUUAUCAAGGAGACGAUGAUCGCAUUGAGUGUAAACAUGGAACGAAAUGUU